AUGUCGUCUGACAGUGAGCCCGAUUGCCAUGAUUGCUAUGAUGAAUAUGAAGACUAUUGCGAAUACGAACAGAUUGAAAGAAGUCUCCGGAACAAUAACGAAGGGCUUUUGAAUGAAACUCUGAAUAGAGAAGGUGACACAGUUAAAUGGAUCAAAUCCCGCAAUAAUGAAACACUUCUCCAUCUGAGCGCUAGAUUUGGAUGCAUAGAAGCAGCGAAACGUUUGGUUGAAGAACAUGGAAUUGAUGUUAAUUCACGAGACGACAAUAAAAAAACUCCGUUGUUUAAAGCAACAAUGUCGAAAAGUGUAGAAAUGUUCAAAUUUUUACUGAGGAACGGAGCCGACAUUAAAAUAACUGCACAAAACGGGCUCAACAUUCUACAAUCAGCUCUAAUUUUUAGUCCGAUUGAAACGGUUGAGCUUGUUAUACAAAAAUUACAUGUCGACUAUGAAAAUCAAAGUGAUUCCGAAAUAACCAACGAUAUCCAGAAAUGCCAAAAAAUUUUGAAGUUCUUAUUGAAUAAAAACAUUGACCUCUUGUUUCCUAAUUCGAAGUUUUCUGUUCUGCUCUAUUUCGUGCUGAAGUUUGGAGAUGAAGAAACCUUUAAGCUGGUUUUACAAACAGUCAAUAAGUAUUUUGAUAUUAAUGCUUUACCUCCAGGUGGGAGUCCUAUACUUCAUUACGCUAUUCGUCUUAAAAAACUUUCGCAUGUGAAUCUACUUCUUGGUCAUGGUGCAAAUAUUCAUGUGAAUGGUUAUUAUAAGCAAACUUGUCUUCACGAGGCAGUUGCAGCAGAUAAUUUAAAGCUUGUGCAUUAUCUUUUACAACAUGACGUUAAUGUUAAUGCUGCAGCCUAUUAUAGUGAAUUUACACCCCUUCAUUUUGCAAUCGCUGUGGGCAACAAGACAAUCGUUGAAAGUCUUAUAAAUGCAGGUGCUGAUCUGCAGGCUGAAUUUUAUGUCUCAAAGACGUUGUUCAAGUGGCAAAACUCAUCUGUGCUUAACAUUGUUUCUGGACGCACUCAACUUAACACUCUAUCCUCUGGAAUUUUACAUAGUGAGGUUUGUGAUCCACAGGUUAUAUUUGAUAUAGAGAUGAUGCAGUUUUUGCUUGAAAGGGGUGCUAAGACUGAAGUAGAAGAUUAUAGUAGUGACGGCUGUGGAUUGACUCCUCUUGAACGAGCAUGUGAGGCAGGUCGAAUGGAUGUACUGCAACUUCUAGCAAAGUAUGGAGCCAAUUUUCAUAGAGUAAGUGGUAAUGGCAGUACUAUGCUUCAUCAUGCUGUUGUUGGCGGUAAUGUUAAGAUAAUUGAUAUUUUGCUACGCAUGAACCUUGAUAUCAAUGCCGAAAACUUACUAGGCGAGACACCUCUCCACCUUAGCACUAAAUUUGGAUGCGUGGAAGCAGCGAACCGCUUGAUUGAACAGCAUGGAAUUGAUGUUAAUUCACGAGAUUACGAUAAAGAAACUCUGUUAUUUAAAGCCACAAUGUGCAAAAAUUCAGAAAUUUUCAAGUUUUUACUGAGCAACGGAGCAAAAAUUAAUAUUACUAAAAUAAAAGGUCCGAACUACUUACAAGAAGCUUUACUUUGGAGUCCAAUUGAAACGGUUGAGCUUGUUGUACAAAAAUUGGAUUUCGACUAUGAAAAUCAAGGCGACUACGAAGUAGCCAAUAAUACUCAGAAAUGCGAAAACAUUGUCAAACAUGAUACAGUUUUGCUUGAAAAGGGAGCUAAGACUGAAGUGCAAGAUUAUACUAGUGACGACUGUGGAUUGACUUCUCUUGAACGAGCACGUCAGGCAAGUCGAAUAGAUGUACUGCAACGUCUGGCAAAGUAUGAUGCCAGUUUCCAUAGAAAAAAUGACAAUGGUAGUACUAUGCUUCACCAUGCUCUAAUUGACGGCAAUGUCGAGAUAAUUAAACAUUUGCUACGCAUGAACUUUGAUAUUAAUUAUAAAAACAAACAAGGCCAGACACCGCUCUAUCAUGCUACUGAUAAAAAUUGUGAAGCUGACGCAGUACCAUUGAUAGAAUUUCUAGUAGACAACGGCGCUAAUUUCGAUCUUAAUUUGAUUGAUGGAUACUCUUUAAAACUUCCCGAUGGCGUCCAGUGGUUAUUGGAAUUGAUGAGUGACAAGUUGAACUUUAAGAAUAGCCGCCGAAACUGGCCACUUCAAUCUGUACUCGAUUAUACAGCACAAAUAACGCUUAAUACAGAGCUCAUAAUUGCGUUAAUGGCAAGAGAGAAUUUUGAACCCGAGUGCUAUGAUCACUAUGAUGAAUAUGAAGAUUAUUACGAAUACGAAGAGAUUGAGAGGAAUCUCCGGAACGAUAACGAAAAGCUUUUGAAUGAAGCCCUGAAUGGGGACAAUGACACAGUUAAAUGGAUCAAAUCCCGGAAUAAUGAAACACUUCUCCACCUGAGCGCUAAAUUUGGAUGCGUAGAAGCAGCGAAACGUUUGAUUAAACAACAUGGAAUUAAUAUAAAUGCACAAGACUAUGAAAACGAAACUCCGUUGUUUAAAGCUACAAUGUCCAAAAGUGCAGAAAUGUUCGAAUUUUUACUUAACAACGGGGCCGACAUUAGUAUCACUGAGAAAAAUAGACUCAACAUUCUACAAGCAGCUCUAAUUUGGAGUCCGAUUAAAACGGUUGAGGUUGUUGUACAAAAAUUACAUGCUGACUAUGAAAAUCAAGGCGAUUCCAAAUUUUCUCUUAUGCUCCUUUUCGUGCUGAAGUUCGGAGAUGAAGAAACCUUCAAGCUGGUUUUGGAAACAGACAAUAAGUAUUUUGAUAUUGAUGCUUUGGGUCCAAGUCAGAAUCCUAUUCUUCAUGACGCUAUUCGUCUUAGAAAACUUCCGGAAUUGAAUCUUCUUCUUUCUCAUGGUGCAAACAUUCAUGUGAAUGGUUAUAAUCGGCAAACUUCUCUUCAUCGGGCAGUUGCAGCAAAUAAUGUACAGCUUGUGCAGUAUCUUUUAAAGCAUGGCGUUAAUGUUAAUGCUACAACUAAUGAUAAUAAAUUCACACCUCUUCAUUAUGCUGUUGCUGUGGGAAACAUAUCAAUCGUUGAGAGUCUUUUGAAUACAGGAGCAGAUCUACAAGCUGAAUUUAUAAACGAAAAGUGGUUAACGUGGAAAAACUCCUCCGUGCUUAACAUUGUUUCUGGCUGCACUAAACUGAACACACUAUCGUCUGGUUUUAUAUACAGUAAGGGUUGUCAUCCAAAAGUUAUAUUUGAUAUAGAGAUGGUGAAGUUUUUGCUGGAAAGGGGCGCUAAGACUGAAGUACAAGAUUACGACAAGAAUGACCGUGGAUUAACUCCUCUUGAACGAGCAUGUCAGGCAGGUCGAAUGGAUGUACUGCAACUUCUCGCAAAGUAUCAAGCUAAUUUUCAUAGAGUAAAUGAUAAAGGUUGUACUAUACUUCACCAUGCUGUUAUUGGCGGUAAUAUUGAGAUUAUAGAUCUUUUGCUACGCAUGAAUUUUAACAUUAAUUCCAGAAACUUAAAAGGCCAUUCAUCGCUCUGCCAUGCUACGAAUGAAAAUUCUAAAAUGGACGCAGUGUCAUUGAUAGAAUUUCUAGUAGACAACGGUGCUGAUGUCGAUCUUCAUUUACUUCAAGGUUACUAUUUAAAACUUCCCGAUGUCGUCCAAUGCUUAUUGGAAAUAAGCAACAAUUUUGAAACUCAGAACAGACAAGGAAAUUGGCCACUUCAAUCUCUACUCAAUUAUACUGUAGAGAUAACGCUUAGUACAGAGCUUCUAAUUGCGUGUAUGGCUACGACGGAAAUUGACGUUAAUUAUGAUUAUAUUUGGCGAAGCAAAAGAGAAUUUGUGUGCAAUUUUUAUCAGGAAUGCAAACUUGAAGUUUUGCGAUUGAAGAACAUCAGAUUCCGUGAGGAUAAACUCAUUUCCUUGUUUGAUUUUCUAACCAAUGACUUGAUGAAGGUAACGAAUUUCACAGUCAUUGAGGAAAUAAUACAUAAUCUCGAGUCAAGCGAUCUUGUACGUGAAUACCCACAUUAUGCCUUCUUGUUAGAAAAACGCAUAGGUAGGGUCAAAAGCAUUUUUUAUUUUAAGGAUGCGAUUGCUGUGUUUCUUGAAAAGUACUCAAUGUUAAAGUUGCCGAUUGAUGUUGUGGACUACAUUUUUAGUUAUCUCCGUGUUGGUCACAUCAGAAAUUUCGCAAGAGCAUUAUCAUUGACUAAAAAAGAAAGUAAUACUGGCACUUUACCUUUACCUGGUUAUCUGAAUGCUCAAUGCAAGAACCUUUGUUAA